UUCUCGAAGGCUGCUGUGCCACCAUCACGCUGACAAGCAACUCCGAACUCUUUGGCUACGACCGCCUUGCGCUUUUAUAGACGUUUUGCUUGCUAGAUUUCCCCCAGCCGCCAUCACUCACCUGCGCCUUCCACUGCUGUUGAUGACACCUGUUACAUAUGCGCCCACUCAUAAUACCGGAGGACGAGCCCCUACCUCAAGAAGAAGAACGCCAAGUCUCGCCCAAUGUUGCCGCCGUCAUCAGUCGUAGCAAAUCACGUCAAGGCCCGAGGAGGACGUCCCUUGCAGCGUCAUUGGCUUCUCCUGUAGCCAAGUUGAAACCGGUGCCUUUUAGGAGAGCCCAGACAGAAAACUUUACGUCUGCGGCGUCUGCGGGUUCGGGUUCAUUUAGUGAUUGGCCGUUGCUCAAGAGAAGCGAUACCAGUUUAAGCGGUAUGAGUGGGAGCUUUCGGCAUAAGAGCGCUCUGAUGAGGAGAAUGAGUAGCUUUGGUGGAGCUCCCAUUUACAUUCCGCCAACUAUUGCAAAUGCUGUUGAGGCGGAGGCGGAAGAUGCGGGCAGGUUGAGAUGGGCGAUUCUGUUAUUGACAUGCUUGCUCUUGUUUGGGAACUACUAUGCAUACGACAAUCCCGCAGCCCUUAACCGGCCGCUUCAGCAAUAUCUUGGUCAUGACUAUGACACAUGGCAGUACGAACUGAACCUCCUGUAUUCUGUUUAUUCCUUCCCAAAUAUGUUCUUGCCCUUUCUCGGCGGUCAGCUCGUAGACAGGGUGGACGUGAAGAAGGUUUUGGUCUUCUUUUCGGCAGUGGUGUGUAUGGGACAGACGUUAUUUGCUGUCGGUGUAUCGUCAAAGAGCUUUGGCAUUAUGCUGCUUGGCAGGGUUUUGUUUGGGAUUGGGGGCGAGAGCAUUGGAGUUGUGCAAGCUAGCAUUACGACUGCCUGGUUUAGGGGGAAGGAAUUGGCAUUUGCUUUGGGACUAAAUCUAUGCAUAGCCCGCUUCGGCUCUGUGGUGAACGCCAAUCUCUCCCCUCGGAUCGAGAAGCACUGGACAUCUGCCGGAGCAGUCUGGGUCGGCAGUUUAACUUGCUACAUCUCCUUCGGCUGCGCUCUCAUCCUGGUCGUCUUAAUGUCAAAUCAUUCCCCGUCUAGCGCCAAAUCGAAACGCGAUACCUCACCCAAGUUGGACGAAGAACGUCCCCUGUUGACUCGUAAUGCCUCAUCAUCAUCAAAUGACUUGGGACUCUCCAAAGAGAUUGAAAUCGCUUCAUCCAGCAGCGAUGAGGAUUUGAGCGGUAACAAGAACAUAAUUGCUGGUUGUCUGAGCGAGAUUACACUUUUUCCUGGCGCGUUUUGGCUCGUAUGCCUUGUGUGUGUGCUGUUAUAUGGCACAGUUGUGCCUUUUAACAAUAUUGCAUCGGAUUUCUUGAUGUCGAAAUGGUAUCCUGGUGACACGCAGACUGCUGGGACAGUUAUGAGCAUCCCGGAUACCAUGUCUGCCCUUUUAGUUCCGAUCUGCGGCGUCUUGGUAGACCGCUACGGCGGCCGUGCUUCCUUACUUAUAUUCUGUGCGCUUGUCAUCGCCGCAGUGCACGCAACCUUGGGUCUCACAAUGAUAACGCCCGUGAUCCCUCUCGUAUUUCUAGGCCUUAGUUACUCUAUGUACGGCGUAGCUAUUUGGCCUUCGAUCGCUACGAUCAUUCAACACCGGGAAGCUCAACUUGACUCGGAUGUCAAGUUAUUGGGAACGGCUUAUGGGCUUUCAACCAGUGCACUGAACACGGCAUUGACGAUUAUGCCACUUAUUGCAGCAAAGGUCAGAGUAUGGAGUGGAGAUUUCAUGUAUGUGGAACUUUUCUUUGUGUGCUUGGCUCUCUUGGGUGCCAUUGCAUCGGCGCUUCUGUGGGUAGUAGACGUGAAAUUUGGAGAUGGUGUAUUGCAGAUGCCUGAAGCUGAGGUUGAAGAACCCGAUGCGUCACGCGGUUAUUUUGGUGACGAGCAGUGCCAAGAGCCUGGUGGCUACGGGACGACACAGGAGGACGAAUCGCCAAGGCCUGAAGCACCCAAAGACAAGAAAAAACCUAAACCUAGACUGGGUAAAGCGAUUGGAAUAAAGGUGAAAAACAGAGGACGAUUGGAUAAGUUUUUGGAGGAUUGUGAUGGGUCAGUGUCCCCUGACAGAAUAGAGGAUUCGAUGAUUUCUUCUGGUGGUUGAAAAGAAGCAUGUUUGGAGCGUGGGCUGUAGAUGGAGGGCUACGGACUGCAACUUGUGUAUACCCUUCACAAUUCAAUGUAUCUUUGUACUAAAUUUCUGAUGGUAAUUGUUGGGACUCUAAUAAGAAAUAAAAAGGCGACAUUGGAACAAUGCCAAUCCUGGUCGAUAUUAAC